AUGAGCUCAAUCUCGUCGACGACCGCCUCGACCGAGGAGCUCACCGGCACCUUUGGCGUCCUCCUCGUCGGCUUCAUCUUCGCCGUCGUCCUCUACGGGCUCACCUUCUUUCAAACGUACAUUUACUACACUCGCUUUCCUCACGACAAGCUAUGGAUCAAGUGGCUCGUGGGACUCCUUUGGGCCAUGGACACUGCAAUCACGACGCUCAUAUCUCAUACCAUAUAUCACUACCUUAUCACCAAUUUCGUGGUUCCUUUUUCCGACUUGAGCGUCACAACUACUUUCUUGACCGGCGCCGGGCUGGGUGCUACUACAGGUUGCAUCGUACAAUGCUUCUAUGCCUACCGCGUUUGGACAGUUGCUGAGCAGCACCGUGCAAUUCCCUGUGUCAUUGCUGCCAUAGCAGUUUGCGCUUUUGCCAUGAACCUCGCUGGUGUUGUCUCUAUGUCGUCGCAAGAUCUUUUCAUUAACAUCGUCACCCCGCUCGCAAAGAUCCUCGCCGGGAUCUCCUUUGGUUUACUCUCCCUAUGCGAUAUCGUUAUCCUGGGUUCUAUGUACUUCUACAUGCAACCUAAACGCAAUCCGGGCAUGGCUAUGCCGGAAGGUUGGUACGAGAAGGCGGUUGUAUAUUGCUUCAACCGCGGAACAGCCUUCACUAUCAUGCAGGUAGUAGUGACGAUCGUCUUCGUCGCCGCGCCCCGCUCGCAGGUAUGGAUACUCCUCAGGUGGGUGUCCAACAAAGUGUACACCAACAGCCUGCUCGCCAUGCUCAACUUCCGCAACACGCACCGUGGCCGUGGCGUCAACGAAGAAGACAGCUUGAACCAGCACGCUAGCAACCGCACGGGCUCUGUCAGCAUCCCUGCCGGCGCACGCGAAACGGCGAGGAGCGUGCAGUUCAACGUCAACCAAGACGCUAAGACGCGCGACCCGAUGAGCAUCAUCGAGCUCGACGUUCGAUCACAUAUGGACAGAUACGAUGACGAGACCCCAGAGGGUAUGCCGUCCAAUGCCCAGGAGCCUGGCAAGACGAAGCACAACGAGUACGAUGAGGACAUGCAGUGA